UGGUUGCAGGCGGACCCGGUUGCUAAGUUGCUUUUUUUUUCCCCCUCUCUGCCCUGAGAUGACUCAGGAGGAGGUUUCCCCCCCGCAGCCAGAAACGAUUUAACAUGCACUUUGUGUGAAGGGGGGAGCGAAGGAUGAGCAUUGAUUGUAAGGCGGCGGCGGCAGGAGAGGGUUUCUCUGUUCUUUGUUUUGUUGCAAUGUAUCACUUCUGAUGUAAACAGUUACAAUGUAACCUUAGGCCAAGGCUUUGUGAGCGACCCUCUUUGAUACAAGUUAUCAUCCACAGGCCCAGACUGGUUACUUUGAGCUUCUCGUCACUGCCCGAGAACAUCGCAAUUUGGCAUCUGCGAUCGUGUUGGGACAAGACCCGGUAAAGCUGGCCAAAACCCACCGCUUUUUAAUCAGUGACGGGGCGAUUAAUUUGAGUGCAUUUUCUGCCAUCCUGCGACUCAGGUUGCUUUUUAUUGUGCAUUCACGAUGAAUACUUCACGAAGCAGUUCUUCGUUCCUUGGUGAUGGAUUUGAUCUUAGCUUGACUGGCUCUCAGUUAUCCAUAUCUAAACGCCCCAGCAGUGCUUCACCAGCCAAACAGCUAGCACGCUCCACCUCUGUCAUCUCCGAGAACAAGGCCAAAAGGAACACUUUGGUUGAUGCUGGGCUUGGAAAUAUCAGUGGCAGUGGUUCUCAUGCUAUUAACAAUUUACAAAGGUCAAACAGUGCCACGCAGGUCAACCAGCAAGCCAAUGCCACAUUAAGCGAAGAAAGAGCAGGCGAUUUCCUGGCUUUGUUUGAUAGCUCCGCAGAUGGGAGGAAAAAACUGUCCAGCUUGAGCAAGACAUCUCCAGAGAAGAGAACCACUUGGAAUAUUCUGGAUGAAGAGCCCAGAGCUUUUCCAGUUCCUAUCAGUGGUCGCAGUACCAGUACUAUAGAUGUGCCAGUCUUGACUAAAAGGAGGGAGGCAACUGUGCCAUUGGCAGCCAACUUUACAGCCAACAAUCGGAGCAACAAGGGAACUGUUGGGAAUUCUGUCACCACAAUGCUGCACAAUAACUACUCAACUGUUGAUAAACCUUUGACUCCAAAAAGCUCCAACCAGAAAGCAACAUCUCUUAACAACAUGAUUAAGGUGCCAACUAAUGAUGAGAAUAGCUUGGACCAGAACUCCUUUAAGAAGUCACAAAAAAAUCUAUCCAGUAAUAAUGUUGUAACAAGAAACAACACAAGCAUUUUGAAGAAGAAGAAGGAGGUGACUGAGGAGGAAGCGGAAAGAAUCCGAUACUUAAAUCUUAAUGGUAAAAUGGAUUUUACUCAACUGCUCCAGAACGAUAAUCCAGAUAUCGCUCAUCCCGAUUUCGGAUUCAUACAACAUGUGAACCAUGCGGCAAUCACCAUUCAGCGCUGGUAUAGACGUCAUUCCCAGAGACGCAGAGCAAGCCAAGCUGCACUCAAGCGACUGCUUACUACUAAAAAACAGGAGAAAGAGCAAGACAUGCGAGCUGACAGUGUCCAAGAGCACCAGAGGAAAAAGUGCGAGGAAAGGAGGAAGAUUCGAGAAGAGAAAGCUCGACAAGCUAGGAAGGCAGCCAUAGAGGAGCUUCAGCAGAAACGCGCUGAAAAAGCAGCUGAAGAUAAAAGAAUUAGUGAGGAAGAAGUUACUGUGCUUCAACAAAAGGGGAAGAUUGCUAAAAGAAAGACUAUCAAGUCUGUGCCUGUAAAUAACACAAGUCCAGUCCACAGUCAAGUCAAACCUAAAAAUUCAGGUCCAGAAAUGCAUUCUAACCAGAGAACUGAAAGCUCUCCUGGAUCUUGUGUAAAGACAGAAGAACUACAGAACCAACCACAGGAUGUGACUGAGAGAGAGAUGCCAGUGGAGGAGCAGGAGAUAAUAACAACAAACCUGAGCCAGUCUAAAACAACACUGAAUGAUGUGCUCGACACACUCAAGCUACUGGAGGAAGAACCUAAAUUACUCCCAGAGCCAAAGGCCUAUAAAAAGGAUAAAUAUGCUUGGAUAGAUGAGGAUUGUGACUCCACAUCCCUGACGGCAGAUAACCUGGAGAAGCUGGGGAAAAUCGAGCCGGCUUCGGGCUUGCCAAACGAUGGCUCUCUGCUGUCUGAAGCAAAGCUCCAAAGCAUUAUGAGUUUCCUGGAUGAGAUGGAGAAGUCCGAACAGGAGCGGCCAAGGUCUUGUUCCUCAACAGCGCCCAAAGAGGUUCUGCUUUCUGAAGAAGAAUUGUCUCACCUGGAACAAGCUUCAGUCAUGGCAACCGAGGUGACGAGCUCAAUGAUCAGAUUAAAACUGGAAUUUGAGGAAAAGAAACGUGCCAUUGCCAUGUUACAGACUGCUUUGACCCAGCAAAAAGAAUUAACUGUUCGCCACAUGAAGGAGACUGAAAAGGAAAUGAGCCAUCGAUUAAAAAUGCAGAAGGACCAGUAUGAAUCAACCAUUCAACGGCAUCUGGCGUUUAUUGAUCAGCUGAUAGAUGACAAGAAGGCAUUAAAUGCAAAGUGUGAAUCUAUGGUAAAUGAACUGAAGCAGGUGGACCAGAAAUACACUAAGAAAAUACAACAGAUGCAAGAUCAGCAUGAAAUGGAGAUCAAGAAGCUGAAAGAAAUAAUGAGUGCGACAGAAAAAAUGCGGCGAGAGAAAUGGAUAGAUGAGAAAACAAAGAAAAUUAAAGAGAUUACUGUAAAAGGUUUGGAACCCGAGAUUCAGAAGCUAAUAGCUAAACACAAACAGGAGCUCAAGAAGCUAAAAGCUUUGCACGAGGCUGAACUUCUGCAGUCUGACGAGCGUGCAGCUCAGAGGUACAUCAAACAGACUGAAGAGCUGAGGGGACAGCUGGAGAGGGAGAAGGAAGACCUGUGCCAGAGGGAGCGGGACCUCGCCAGACAGAGGUAUGAGAAACAGCUUGAACAAGAGGAGCAAGCUAUCCAACAACAGCGAAGGAGACUGUAUGCUGAGGUGGCUGAAGAGAAGGAACGUCUCAACCAGCUAGCAGCUCGGCAACGAGCUGAGUUGGAUGAACUGCGACGACAGCUGGAGGAUAGUUCUUCCCUUGUAACCAAAGCCCUAAAAGAUGAAUUUGAAAAGGCAAAGGAAGAGCAAGAAAGACGCCACCAGGCAGAAAUUCAAUCCUUGAAAGAAAGACUAGAAAUUGAGAAACAUGCCUGGGAAGAAAAUUACAUGAAAAAACAGGAGGCGUGGUUACUUACCCGUGAACGAGGAUUGAAAGAGGAGGUCCGUAAAGGACGAGACAAGGAGAUCGAGCUUGUUAUCCAGCGCCUGGAGGAGGAAGUCAGAGUUUCUAAGCAUGAGUGUGAGAGGGUAGCUGAAAAUACGAUUAAGCAUGUUCGUAACAAAUAUGAAGCUGAGCAGAGGGAGCUGGAGCGCUCAGAACGCAAUCUGCAGGAAAGAUGCAAUGAACUCAAGGCACGGCUGAUGGAUGCGGAGGGGGAGACUAUCCGGUUCAAGGGAUUAUUCAGAUAUAAAGAACAAGAAAUAGAAGAUAUAAGAAAGAUCAAUGACAGACUUACAGAAGAGAGAAACAGUUUAGCAGAAGUCAUUCGUCAGGAGUUUGCAGAUCGGCUGGUUAGCACCGAGGAAGAAAACAAACGGUUUAAGACAGAGAUGUCUGAGAUGAGAGCACGUCAUCGCUUGGAAGUAGAACGAAUCACUAAGGAAAAGGAGGAAGAGCUGGAGGAGGUCCAUAAAAGAGUAAAAGUAGCAAUAGUAAAGAAAGAAGAAGCGGUGAAUAGUCUCCGAAGACAAUAUGAAGCAGCACAUAAAAGAGCAGAUCAUCUUGAAGCCCUUCUUGAGCAACAGAGAAAGCAACUCCUUGGCAAAUGAACAUGUAGGCCAAUAAAGCAGAGACCAUUGCGUUCCCAGAGACCAUAAGUAUCACACUAGGAAUAUUCACGCCAUCGAGUUGCAUAUAUGAUGUGCACAAGUGUGAUCCAAUUGCGCAAACGCCAGCAUAAUAACAUUAAUUUAAUGUUUGUUUUUGAUCAAUAAUCUCACUGUGGUUCAGCUGUCCAACUCGAACAUUUGAGCUAAAUAGUCUUUUUAAAAGAAAUGUUUUUUAUUUUUCUACAUUAAGUACUGUAAUAUUUUCCCAAAUUGCAGUCCUUGUUUUGUAUGUUAGCUGUAAUGUGUAGCAUGAUGGAAUUUAUAAAAUGUUUCAAUUAGUUUCAUUAUUUUGCAGCAUCUCUUGUAAUUAAAUGACUCAUUUCUUCAA